AAAUUGAAUAUAUUUUGUAAAACAACGUGCAAACAUCAACUUCGACUUUCUAAGUAUAAAUAUUGAAAAUCUUUGCAAGUUAUAUUAUUAUUUAAUUUGGAUAUAGACAUAUUGUUAUUUGGCUUACUGGAACUUUGUUAUGAAAUAUUGUUCUUCAAAAAUUACUUAACAAAGGAGCGACAAUAUCACGAUAUUUCCUGAUUGAGUUCACAAAGUAUGAUGUUUCGAUUAGCACCUUAUAUUGUAAGGAUAGGUAGGGGGAAACUUUCACCAGUUUCUCCUAAUUUCCAAUCAGCCAUGAGGCAAUUAUCUCAAUCUCCUAAAGAAGAACGUUUAAUUUUUAAAUGGUUCAAACCAAUGUCUUUUGGUAUCCUGGGAUGUAUUUGUUAUCUUCAAUUCUUUCAUGUGGUUGAAAGGGAACAAAAGAAGUAUGAUAUGGAUUUACAAUUUGAGGGAAUUAGCGUUAAAUUAUAUAAAUUUUUACCACUAUCUACAUUAUCCCGAGUCUGGGGUUUUUUAAAUAAUUUAACUUUGCCCGUCUUUCUUCGUGAGCCUAUUUUGAAACUGUACAUCAAUACAUUUUCCUGUAAUCUCUCUGAAGCAGCUAUAAGGGAUUUGACCUAUUAUAAGAAUCUUGCAGAGUUUUUUAGAAGGAAACUUCGUCCGGAAGUUCGUCCCAUUGACAAAACAGCUGAUCUUGUGUCACCAUCAGAUGGAAGGAUUUUACAUUUCGGCUCAUGUUCAAAUGGUAAUUUAGAGCAAGUCAAAGGCGUCAAAUUCAGAAUAUUUGCCUUACUUGGCAAAACAGAGUUGGAUCAACGUUUAAAGGAGGAAAAUGUUGAUUUGUACUAUUGCACAAUAUAUUUAGCACCAGGAGAUUAUCACCGUUUUCAUGCCCCUGCAGACUGGCAGAUUACAUUUAGGCGACACUUUCCAGGAAAGUUACUGAGUGUAAGUGCUAUUAUAGCUCGAAAAGUUAGGGGAUUAUUUACCAUUAACGAAAGAGUAGUCUACACUGGACAUUGGAAGCAUGGUUUUUUUGGAAUGAUUCCAAUUGGAGCAACAAACGUUGGCAAUAUAAAAAUCUACCACGAUAAAGAGUUGCGAACAAAUUUACCAAAACGUUUCUUGAUGGAUCAGAAUCCUGAAUCAACAACUUCUGUUGAGUUUAAGAAGGGGGACCACUUCGGUGAAUUUAAUUUAGGCUCUUCUAUUAUUUUGGUUUUUGAAGCUCCCAAAAAUUUUAAAUUUGCCGUUAAUAGGGGUGAAAAAAUAAAAAUGGGUCAAAAAUUGGGACAAUAA